CAACCUCUUACCUUGAUAUCACAGGCCAUCUUCCUAACAGUUGUUCCGCCAGCAACCCCCUUGUGCAGGUUAUGGUACAAUGGCUAUACUUGCAUAUGUUUCGCUUGUACGCUAGCUCAACAAGAUGACGAGGAUCGCUUGGAAAUCGGCAGAUCUAUCUCUUGAGCAGAAGUGACUUGGGCGAUAUAAAGGCGAUGCGAGCCUCAUCAUUUGGCCCGCCAUUGUCCCUCACACGAUUGUCUCUCUCUCACGCCCAACAAUGGUCCGAUUUGCUGCAACGUCCCUCGUCAGCCUCGCUGUCCUCGGCUCUUCGUCGCUUGUCUCUGCCCAAUUUGGCAGCACUGGCGGCGUCUCUCAAGGUUGCCUCCAGAAGCUCGUAUCAGCUCUGUCUGACAAGGACCUGGCCUCGUGCCUCCACGCGGAUGGCCUCACUGGGCAACUGCAGGGCGCAGACACCUCUUCGAGCCUGGUGCCCGUCAUCGAGAGCUACUUGAGCAAGAGUCUGUGCCCCAUGGAGCCUUGCUCUCAGUCCACGCUGUCCAAGAUCAACGGCACCUUCACGGACAGUUGCAGCAGCGAGCUCUCGCAGCCGGUCGGAGACACGCCCAACGCCGCACAGACCAUCGUGGCGCUCCUCUCGCACUACGACGAUCUCCGCGACGCGGUCUGCCUUGAAGACAAGAACGAUGGCGACAAGCUCUGCAUCGUCGAGAGCCUCCAAGCCUACGAGAACGCCACUGGCCAGCCUCUCACGAUCAGCUCCGCUAUGGAUCCCCUGCAAUUGGCGCAAGUGUCGAUGAUGGAGGAAAACAAGACGGUGACAUGCAACGACUGCAACCGUGCCGUUGCUAGGACGCUCGACCCAUUCUACAAGUCUCUCCUCAACCAGACGGGCUACGAUGCUGUGCAACAGAACCUCACCUCGCUUUGCGGAGAUGACUACUUCAGCGGGGCCAUGCCCGCGUCGAUUCAGAGCAGCGCAAAGGACACCUCGACAUCGCCAAACGCCGAGCGCACCUCCAACACUGACGGUGCAUUCCCCGCCCUCAAGCUGGCCUCGUGGACUGCUGUUGUCGCCGGUCCAGUCUUUGUUGGCUUCUCGCUCCUUCUCUGAUACUCUCUUGCGGUCGCAGAGCGCGCUGAAAAAUUCGAGACAAGGUCAUCGCUGAGACAAGACAGAAUGAGCAGUCAUCGGUAGAAUGUCUGUUUGCGCACAAGAAUGUCAUCCUGGCUUUCAAUCAUCUCCCUUGCAUUUACAUGAGAUAGGCAGCGGAU